AUGAAAAUGUUGCUUCAAUGGGUUUCAUGUUUAUGGCUUACUCUUUUGAUGGGCAGCUCUCACGUAGAAUCUGCCAAUGGGAAAUUGCAUUCAAGUGUUCAUUGGCAUCGGAACUUUCGGUCGUUAAAGUAUGUGGCAAUCCUCGUUGAUCAGUCCGGCAACGGCAACUUUACCAGUGUUCAAUCUGCUAUUGACUCCAUUCCAUCAAAUAACAAGCGAUGGUUUUGCAUAUAUAUCAAGGGUGGCAUAUAUAGAGAGAAGGUGAAGAUCCCAUACGAUAAACCAUACAUCAUUCUUAAAGGAGAAGGGAAAAGAAAGACUCAGAUUGUUUGGGGAGAUUAUUUUUCCACUGCUCAAAGUCCUACUUUUACUUCUUUAGCAGAUAACACUGUUGCUAAAAGCAUUAGCUUUGUGAACUCGCACAAUUUCCUUAACAAAAACAACCCUGUAGUACCAGCAGUAGCUGCUAUGAUUUCUGGAGACAGAUCUGCGUUUUAUCGGUGUAAUUUUGCUGGGGUUCAAGACACUCUUUGGGAUGAUAAUGGCAGACAUUACUUCAAAGAAUGCACCAUUCAAGGAGCUGUUGAUUUUAUCUUUGGUAGUGGCCAAUCUCUAUACGAGGGUUGUAUAAUAAAGGUAGUUGGAGGUGGAUUUAUAACAGCACAGGGAAGAAACAAUCCUAAGGACACAAAUGGGUUUGUUUUUAAAGACUGUAAAAUCGUCGGCAAGGCACCGGCCACUUCCCCGGUCUAUCUGGGGAGGCCAUGGAGAGAGUAUUCUAGGGUGAUAUUCUACAAGUGUUACUUUUCAAAAAUUAUAGACCCCAAAGGAUGGAAUCCUUGGCAUUUUGUUGGCGAAGAGGACCGAACAACAUAUGCAGAGUAUGGAAACUAUGGACCAGGAGCUGUUUCUAAGCAGAGGGUAAGCUGGGUGAAGAAGCUGGGCUCUAAAGACAUAGAUGGACUGACGAGCUUGUCCUUCAUUAAUUCUGGAAACUGGAUUCAACGACAACCCGUUUAGCCUAUUCUGGGACAUUAAUGUUCUAGCUACUUCAUGGUUUGGAACAUUAGA